AUGGCUUUUCAAAUAGCUAGUGGAAUCAAUUAUUUACAUCAAUUACCAGAACCUAUCUUACAUCGUGACAUAAAAUCAUUGAAUUUUUUGAUACAAAGAGCCUAUGAAGGGUAUAUUGUCAAAGUGUGUGACUUUGGUUUGGCUCGAACACGAAAUGAAACGACACGUUACACAACAUUCAAUUCGACAUUAGCUCAUACAUUACCAUGGACUGCUCCUGAAAUUCUGCUUCUAGAAGAUUAUGUCGAUAAAAGCGACAUUUAUAGUUUGGGUAUUGUAUUUUGGGAAUUGGCAAGCAGAAGAGUACCUUAUUAUGAACAUAAAGAUGACGUUAUACGUACAUCUGUGCUUGCUGGUGAUCGUCUGCAGAUACCGGAAAGCACACCAUCUGGAUUUCAAACAAUUAUCGAACGAUGUUGGGCGCAACAGCCAAAUGAUCGACCCAAUAGCUCUUAUCUAGUCGAAAUGAUUGAAGAAUGUAUUCAAAUGCAAAUUAUUCGCAAUAUCCCAGUCGAUGCUCCAUGGCCGCAGAAUGGAAAGAUCGUUGCUGGAGGUAAUGGACAAGGCAAUGCCACCAAUCAACUUAACUAUCCUCACGGUCUCUUCGUUGAUGAUGAUCAAACGAUGAUCAUUGCUGACUGCUGGAAUGAUCGUAUCGUCCAAUGGAAAAUGGGUGAUACGAUGGGACAAGUUGUAGCUGGUGGAAAGGAUAGAGGAAAUCGAUCGGAUCAAUUGUAUGGUCCAAUCGAUGUGUUAGUCGACAAAGAGACUGGUAGUCUCAUUAUCUGCGAUUGGCAGAAUCGACGAGUUGUGCGAUGGUCUCCUCGUAAUGGCACAACUCAAGGUGAAAUCCUCAUCGACAACAUCGAUUGUCAUGGAUUGUUCAUGGAUGAUCAGAGAUAUCUCUACGUCUCUGACUACAUAAAACAUGAAGUAAGACGAUAUAAAAUAGGAGACAAGAAUGGAAUUAUUGUCGCUGGUGGAAAUGGAAAAGGUGCUGCUCUCAAUCAACUCAACUCUCCGACCUACGCCUUUGUCGAUCAACAACAGAAUGUCUACGUGUCAGACACUCACAAUCACCGUGUAACGAAAUGGAAUAAAGGUGCAAAAGAAGGCAUUGUCGUCGCUGGAGGUCAAGGUGAAGGAAAUGCUCUGACACAAUUGUCGCAUUCUAACGGACUCUUCAUCGAUACAUUGGGUAACGUCUAUGUGGCAGAUUCAUGGAAUAAUCGAGUGAUGCGUUGGCCUAAAGGAGCGAAACAGGGCACUGUUAUUGUGGGUGGAAAUGGUGAAGGAGCAGGAGCAAAUCAGUUCAAUCGCUUGCGUGGUUUGUCCUUCGAUCGAAAAGGUAAUCUCUAUGUCGUCGAUGUGAGAAAUCAUCGUGUUCAUUUGUUUUCAAUUCAAUAA